AUGGCGAGCGUCCUCGCGUCGACCUGCGCCCAGCGCACGGCGCUCUUCGCCAAGUCGCUCGACGCGCUCUCUUCGUACAGCGUCUGCUCCAUCGUGAAGCAGCUUGGCGCCAACAAGUUUGAUUCGAAAGCGCUCCAGAGCAACGACUGCAAGAAGCCGGCGUGCGUGAGCGUGCUCGAGUCGUUCAAGUCGACGUUUGUCGGCUGCAUGCUCACAGACAUUGCCGACGUGGCGUCCGUCGACAUGGCGCGACUGAAGAGCUACUGCGACGGCAUUGAUGCGUCCUAUGCGCCGGGCGCAGCGUUGCCGCAGCCGCUGCCGGAAGCGCCACCGCAAGACGCGGCCGUCGACAGCCCCAUGCGCGGUGGCCUCAGUACGACGAUCAUCAUUGCCAUCACUUGCGUCGUCAUCGCUGCGAUCAUCGUCGCCGGCUACGUCUAUUUACGCAUUCGACGCGGCGCGACCUCGGCGACCUUGUACACGUCGCCGCCGCCGAUGCAGACGAGCAGCGAUCCAUAUGCGUCCGUGCUAAAGCACGGAAACGCCGGGUCGCAGUCCAACACGCGGACGAGCGAAAGCAGUGUAUCGAAUCCUGGCGCUGAUGCCUCGACCUUGGACUUGUGUGAUCUCGACCUGUACCGCAUCUCGCCGCGCGACGUCACGUUGGACAAGUCGCUCGCUCAAGGGGCUACGUACCUCUUUACACAUAUAUCGUAUCCACGCCAUAUCAACCAUAUACUGUACACAUAG